AAUGUGACAAACGAUUCUUCAUUGCUUAGUAACAAACAAUGGCGGCUGGCAACAGCAAAGGUCACAGGAGUUCUGCAGAAGAUGGAGUUUUAAUAAAGGAGCUACUUAUUCAAUAAAGAAUAUAAAGAAAUGUCCGAUUCUGAAGAAGAAGCGGUGAAUGAACACCAGCUUAAAUUUGUUUUGGUUGGAGAUGGUACAGCUGGGAAGACAUCAAUUGCAGUAAGAUAUACUUCAGAGAAUUUUGAUCAGGCAUACAAGCAAACAAUAGGGUUGGAUUUCUUUUUAAAAAGAAUAGUUUUAGCAGGUAAUGUAAAUGUUUCUAUUCAACUCUGGGAUAUUGGUGGUCAGACUAUUGGAGGAAAAAUGAUUGACACAUAUCUCUCUGGAGCAAAGGCCAUCCUGUUUGUUUAUGACAUAACCAAUCAAAGCACAUUUGAUAAUCUUGAAGACUGGUGGGAGACAGUAAAAAGUAGUUUGAAAGAGAAAGACCCAAGUUCAAUGCCUGUAUUUGCCCUCAUAGCCAAUAAAGGUGAUUUGGAACACAUGCGUGUUGUUAAACAAAAUCACCAUGAUAAGUUUGCCAAGGAACAUGCAAUGUCAAGUCACUGUUUGUCUGCAAAGUCUGGAGAUCAGGUGAAAAUGUGUUUUCAAAGAAUAGCUGCUGAUGUCCUGGGAAUAAGGUUGACAAAAAAUGAACUAGAGAAGACAAACCAAGUACUGAAGGCUGGUGUUGUUCAAUAUGCUAACAAUGAAAUACCAUCUAGACAGGCAUCACAGCAAAAGAGCUCAAUUUGCAGCGUGCAAUGAAUAAUGACACAGAUAGACUUAACAAUAAUAUCAAUAUUAUCUUAUUUAUAGCCAUUUCCAAAAAAUAUUUGUUUUUAAAUACAUAAAGACCACAAUUA